CGGUGGUGGUGGCGGCGGUGGCGGCAGCUGUGAGGGGGUUCCCGGAAGAUGCUGCUGAUUAAGGAAUUUCGUGUGGUUUUGCCGUGUUCUGUUCAGGAGUAUCAGGUUGGACAGCUUUACUCUGUUGCAGAAGCCAGUAAGAAUGAAACUGGUGGCAGAGAAGGAAUCGAAGUCCUGAAGAAUGAGCCCUAUGAGAAGGAUGGAGAGAAGGGGCAGUACACACACAAAAUUUACCACCUGAAGAGCAAAGUUCCUGCGUUUGUGAGGAUGAUCGCUCCUGAGGGCUCCUUGGUGUUUCACGAGAAGGCCUGGAACGCUUACCCCUACUGUAGAACAAUUGUAACGAAUGAAUAUAUGAAAGAUGACUUCUUCAUCAAAAUCGAAACAUGGCACAAACCUGACUUAGGAACGUUAGAAAAUGUUCAUGGUUUAGAUCCAAACACAUGGAAAACUGUUGAAAUUGUCCACAUAGACAUUGCAGAUCGAAGUCAAGUUGAACCAGCAGACUACAAAGCUGAUGAAGACCCUGCAGUAUUCCACUCAGUCAAGACCAAGAGAGGCCCCCUGGGACCUAACUGGAAGAAGGAGCUGGCAAACACCCCUGACUGUCCUAAGAUGUGUGCCUACAAGCUGGUGACCAUCAAGUUCAAGUGGUGGGGGCUGCAGAGCAAAGUCGAGAACUUCAUCCAGAAGCAAGAAAAACGGAUAUUUACAAACUUACAUCGCCAGCUCUUUUGUUGGAUUGACAAGUGGAUUGACCUGACGAUGGAAGACAUUAGGAGAAUGGAAGAUGAGACUCAGAAAGAACUAGAAACAAUGCGUAAGAAGGGUUCCGUCCGAGGCACGUCGGCUGCUGAUGCCUAGAUGAGUCCCCUGUAGGUCAGAGACAUUUUCAAACUGUCUACGGAGUCAAGGCCAAGUGAGGGGAACAAGUGCGGCCUGUGACGAGUGAAGACACCACCAGUGUCUCUCAGUGAUGACUCAAGCGCCCGUGUGCACACACACACGCAUAUACACACACACAGGUUUGUGUGUAUAUGUGUGUAUGUCUGUAGCUGUAUGAAAAACACAUAUGGCUACAGGCCUAGAUACACACAAGUGUAUAUAUGUACAUGCAAAACAUUGAAGGGAUCAGUACAAUUUCUCCAAAGUACUGUACCGAUCUUCAGCAAAAAUACUAAAGAAAAUAUUUUCAAUAUAUAUACCUGGAACAGAUUUUAAUAAUCAUCAAUGUGAUGCCCUUGAUGGAUAAAUGGACUGCCAUGUGGUGCCAUGUGGUGCUGGCUGGCGUGCUUCCUGAAUGCCA